GCGAGCGCUCAAGCUGGAACGCGCCGCGUGCAGACCCCAGCAUGCCUUCUGAGACGCCCCAGGUGCAGGAUGGGCCUGUGCGCUGCCCCCACCUCUCAGGGGACACGGAAGCCAAGGGGCGCCAGUGGAUCCGGCCGGACACCCCCAGCAGGUGCUCCUGGCAGCUGGGCAGACCCUCCUCCGACUCCCCGCACCGCCACACUGCCCCGGUGAGUCCCCCCAAAAUCUUGCCGAACAUCCUGCAGAAGAUCGGGAACACGCCCAUGGUGAGGAUCAACAAGAUUGGGAAGGACUUUGGCCUCAAGUGUGAGCUGCUGGCCAAGUGCGAGUUCUUCAAUGCGGGCGGGAGCGUGAAGGACCGCAUCGCCCUGCGCAUGAUCGAGGAUGCUGAGCGGGCCGGCACACUGAAGCCCGGGGACACCAUCAUCGAGCCCACGUCGGGGAACACGGGCAUCGGACUGGCCCUGGCUGCUGCUGUGAAGGGUUACCGCUGCAUCAUCGUGAUGCCGGAGAAGAUGAGCAAUGAGAAGGUGGAUGUCCUGCGGGCCCUGGGUGCCGAGAUCGUGAGGACGCCCACCAGUGCCAAGUUUGAUGCCCCAGAGUCUCAUGUGGGUGUAGCGUGGAGGCUGAAGAGCGAGAUCCCCAACUCUCACAUCCUCGAUCAGUAUCGCAACGCCAGCAACCCCCUGGCCCACUACGACACGACAGCCGAGGAAAUUCUGCAGCAGUGUGAUGGAAAGCUGGACAUGCUGGUGGCCUCGGCCGGCACCGGGGGCACCAUCACGGGCAUCGCCAGGAAGCUGAAGGAGAAGUGCCCCGGCUGCAAAAUCAUUGGGGUGGACCCCGAAGGCUCCAUCCUGGCCCAGCCCGAGGAGCUGAACCAGACGGACCUGACAAUGUAUGAAGUGGAGGGCAUCGGCUACGACUUUGUGCCCACGGUGCUGGACAGGGCGGUGGUAGACAAGUGGAUCAAGAGCAACGACGAGGAGUCCUUUGCGGUUUCCCGCAUGCUCAUUGCCAAGGAGGGGUUGCUGUGCGGCGGCAGCGCGGGCAGCACCGUGUCGGCGGCGCUGAAGGUGGCCCAGGAGCUGCAAGAAGGCCAGCGCUGCGUGGUGAUUCUGCCGGACUCUGUGCGCAAUUACAUGUCCAAGUUCCUGAGCGACAAGUGGAUGCAGCAGAAGGGCUUCCUGGAGGAGGCGGCCCUGGCGGGGAAGAAGCCAUGGUGGUGGCACAGGAAGGUGCAGGAGCUGAAGCUGGCGUCGCCGCUCACGGUGCUCCCCACGGUGCUCUGCGAACACACUAUUAAGAUCCUGCGCGAGAAGGGCUUCGACCAGGCGCCGGUGCUCGACGAGUCGGGGGAGAUUCUGGGCGUGGUGACGCUGGGGAACAUGCUGUCAUGUCUGCUGGCCGGGAAGGCGCAGCCCGGGGACCCGGUCCGCAGCGUCCUCGAGAAGCAGUUCAAGCAGGUGCGGCCGUCGGACACGCUGGGCCAGCUGUCACGCGUGCUGGAGAGCAGCCCGUUCGCCCUGGUGCUGCAGGAGCAGAUCCAGUACACCCAGAGACACGGCGUGUUCGCGGUGGUGACGGCCAUCGACCUGCUGGACUUCGUGGCCGCGGGCGAGAGGGACGGGAGCCGCCCGGGGAGCGGCUAGGCCGCCGGAGCCGGCCAGCCCCGGACCGACCCAGACCGACCAGCGGCGCUGUGGGGAGUCCGGGAAGCCUCGGGAAGCCUCUAGAAGCCUCUAGAAGGCGAAGGGCUGCGAGCGCUCCGCUGGGGCCGGGCGGGGCGGGGCGGGGCUUCUCAGCUGCGACGAGUGUGCGCGUCCCUCCGUGGGCAGCGCUGACCCACCCCUCUGUCCUCGGGGCCGCACAUAAACGGAUCUG